CCCUCCAGCUAAUCACAGCUACCUAAUCCUCAAUUCAAGCAAAAUGUUCGCCAAGAUUGUGCUCGUCGCCCUCUGCGUGGCCACUGCCCAGGCCGGUCUUCUGCCCUUCCAUGCUCCCGCUCCUCUAGCUGCGCCACUGGCUGCUCCGCUGGCUGCUCCUCUGACUCCAUUUGCGGCUCCUCUGGCCGCACCAGUGGCUGCUCCUGUGGCCACCGCCAGCGUGGUGGCUCCUUAUGCCUCCAGCUUCAAUGCCCACCGCAUCAACCACGCCGUGGCCUAUCCUGUGGCUCCAGUUCCAGCACCAGUGGCCUUCGCUGCUCCCGCUCCCCUGCCCGUUCCUGUGGCAGCUCCUGCGCCGGUGGCCUUUGCUGCUCCCGCUCCUCUCCCAGUGGCUGCUUCCUUGCCAGUGGCUGCACCAGCUCCAGUUGCCUUCGCUGCCCCUGCUAAGGUUGGAUUCGGUGUGCCCGCUUUUGCUGCUCCCGCUCCUGCCGUUGCUGUGGCUGCUCCCCCCAAGGUGGCCUUCGCUGCCCCCGCUCCUGGGGCUGCUCCUCUGGCUGCUCCUCUGGGCUUUGCUCCUGCCCCGGCGCCCGUGGCCUUUGCUGCUCCCGCCAAGUUCGGAUUUGCUCCGUUCGCAGCUCCAGUGCCAGUGCCAGCGCCUCUGGCCUUGGCACCCAAGUUCGCCGCGCCCGCCCCGUACUUCUUCUAAGGAUUUAGUCACAGGAUCACUCAGCUCACGCCCAUCCGUCCUAUUAGCUUGUAGAACUUAGUCCAAAUCAUCAUCCCCAGACAGCAUCAAUGCUUGGCGAAUAAAUAAAUCAUAAAUUGAA